AUGUCUGCCAGCGAGGACUCGGAUGUCUACUGUGAAAGCAUCAGGAUCGAGUCCAAGGUCAUCUACGCUGACCUGCGGGUCAACGCGCGCGGCCAGUACUUGAAGCUUUCCGAGACUGGCAGCAAGCGGCCGCGCUCGACCGUGCUGCUUCCCGCGUCCGCCGUCAAGUGGGUCUACAGCCUUCUGGACUACUACAUUAGAGAGUCUGCCGCUGGCCGCGAAGCGGGCCACAAGGAGCUCGCUGUCGAGAACAAGGUGUUCCACUUCUCAGUGGGCAGCAACGAGCGCGGCAGGUUCCUCCGCAUCAGCGAGUCGGGUGUCAGCCAAUUGAGCGGGCGCCACACGCUGAUCAUCCCGUGCGGAGGCGACGAGCUCAACGGCUGGGUGGUGCUGCGCGACUGCAUUCGCCGCGUCGGGGCGGUUGUUGAGCGUGAAGCACCCGAGCAGCAGCAGCUUCAGCAGCAGCAGCAGCAGCAGUCACAGCCAGUUGCUGACGCGCAGCACGCAGGCGAGGGUGGCAGCGAGCCGCGCCCCCCUCCGCCGCCGCCGCAGCCGCAGCAGCCGCCCGUGCUCGACGUGGCCAGCAGCCUGGUCGUCGGCCCGGGGCACCCGCCCCCGACGCUCACGACGAGCCCUCAGGGCACGCCAGUGCUGUCGUGCAACGGCCGCCGCGUGUUCUUCGACAUCGGCUCCACCUCGCGCGGCCACUACAUGCGCAUCACAGAGGCCGUGGACACUGUCGCAACGCUGCUCGAGCAGCGACAGCAGCAGCAGCCGCACCCCCAGCAGGCAGCGCCGCCGCCGCCGCCGGCAGGCGCGUCGCCCUCGCAGGCGCAGGCGCAUGCACAGCAGUAUGGACAGGCACCUCCUCAGCAGCGUCGGCAGCCGCAGCUGCCCCAUGGGCAGCCAGAGCGCCAGGGCGGCUAG